AUGGUUGGCCGCCCUCCUCAUCCCCCUCCCUCCUCCGCUUAUCUCCAUUCUUUCCCUCCCCUUCCCACCUCUUCCUGGGCCCAGAUCACCGCUGCAGCUGUCCGUCCGCCCGCGCCUGGAGCCGCGCUCACGCGGGGCGCGCUUGCGCAGGAAGCUGCGCUCACGCAGGGGGACGCGCCUGCGUCUGGCGCCGAGCUCGCGCGGGUGGCUGCGCCCGCGCGUCCGCAGGGAGCCAUGCCUAGGGCUCACCUGCCUGGCCAGCAGCAGCACGCACCCGCGCCCACCGGCAGUCAGCUCAGUCCGCAGGAGCCGCCUGCUGCCGUCGCCGCCAUGGCCGUGGGUGCGGGCAACGAAACUGGUGCCUUGCCUGCGGCAGAGGUCGCCGCUGCGGACGUCGCAGGUGCCCUGUCCGGCGUCGAUGUCCUGGCCACGGCCGCAGGGCCCGCCGCCAUGGCUGCAGGAGCCACUGCCGCCAUGGCAACUCGAUCUUCCCCGCCCCGCCUCCGCCGUCCGCUUCACACCUCCACGCAGCGGGUCCCAACUCCGCCCUCGCCGCCGCCCUCGUCGCUGCCCGGGCCGCUGCUGCGGAGGAUCGCCGACGCGGAGCAGCUCCUCGGCCUCCCUGCAUCACCCGAGGUCGGGGCCAUGUCCUCUGGCUCGGCCGGUCCCUGCGUGGCUCACACCACGGUCAUCUGGCACGACCCGGUCGACCCGCUCGUGGCCCAGCUUCACUACCAGGCUGGGGGGGUCCAGAACAUCCGGCUCCUGGUCCUGGUCGUCCUCGAGCCAGAGCCCAUGCAAUACUCCAUGCCGGCGCCCCCAUCGCAGCAGCAGCAGUGGGAUCCUACUGCCCUGGUUGCUGCUCUAAACCAGAUGUCUAUGAACCAAGGCGGCGCACCUUGGGUCAUGGACACCGGCGCUACUGCCCACAUGCACUCCCACGACGGUAUCCUUACUUUCCGCUCCCUUCCUUCCUCCCCGUCCGUCAUUGUUGGUGAUGGCAACUCUCUCUCUGUCACUGGCCAGUGUUUGCCAUAA